AUGUGGGUAUUUCUGUACUUUUUGCAUUGUCCUGCAUUUGGAAUAUUACAUCAAUGUAUAGCGGCAAGUGUGCCACGUCCGUGCCGAUUACCCCCCGAAUAUAAUCAGAUGCCAGAUUUUGCAAGGGAAAAAUUGCGAAGUAUCUGGGAAAAUUACAAAUCCGGAAAAAGCUGCGUUGCGGAACAAAUUGCUACUGAUGUUAUCCUUACAGUCGUUAAUAUUUUUCCUACAAAAUAUCGCCAUGCAGUAAGUCCAGCAAGGUACAACAGUCAUUAUGAAUAUAAUUCAGCUAGCGACCACAUUUCUCCAACUCCAGAAGAUGAAGCUGUUUAUAAUGAAGUGCCUAUCUCGGAAACUUUUGAACUCCCGGAAUUCUUAAAAGGUGCAAGUAAAAAUAUUAUCGAUAAUUUUACCAAAGUAUGGAACGAUCCAAAUAUUCCGUCCGAGGGUUUACGCGAAGAGAUGAUUCACCUGCUUGCCGUGUCAUUGCUAAGUACAAAGGAGCUUACUGCGUAUAACCGAUAUAUGAAGGAACGCCGACACUGCCAGCAACAGUUGCUACUUCAUAUACGCCAAAUGUCGGAUGAGGCACGAAAAGCACUGAAUAUUCUCGCUUACAUAGAGCCUGAUGAGCGGUUUGGGACUGUCGAAAAUUUUUCUCCCAGUAUUCGUCGUGAAUUGAAAGAUUUUGCCAGACGAAGAGCGGGAAAGUGCAUUUGA